CGCAGUGGCGAAGAACUUGUUAUCUGCAUCAGUGCGCGCACGUAAAACCCGCAGUUUUAACGCGUGGGAGGCUGAAAAUGGUCAGAAAGCGGUCAAGUUAACACCGACAGACAGUUUAUUUCUGCCCAGAGGCGGAGGACAGAAGAGGAUUUGUGCGACAGCUGACUGUCGGUGAGCAGAGGUUUUAUCUGACUGCGGCUGGAGAGCUGCGAGCAGCGAUCAUGUGGGAGCAGGAGGAAUUUGAGAAACACUGGAGGAAUGAGUUUCCCGACGGAAAAGUCCCGCAGAUGCAGCUAAAGUCUGUGGAGGACAUCGAGUCCGAGCUGGAGACGAGCAAAGCCAACCUGAAGCGGCUGCAGAAGGCGCUGGCGGAGGAGAAAUUCAAGGUGAUCUACCUGCAGACCACCAUGGCGCGCCAGAAGAGGGAAGACCCGGAAAGCUUUGACGGCAAGGAUGAAAACUUUAACGCGGACACGUUUAAAAACCCGGGGGGUGUUAGGAGGCAGCACGAGGGCGGCGCGGGGAAUGUGAAGGUGCACGCGGCUGCAGGUAACACGACGAGCUCCUUCGGGCGGGAACGCAGCAGGUUCAGCGGUAAGACAGGUAAGCCCGUGCCCAUCCCGGUGCCGCCGCGCAGCUUCCAGAGAGGAGGGGACCCGGCCCCGACCAGCGGGCCCCAGCACAACGACAACGACCCGGGCAGCGACCGGGAGUACGAGGACGCGGGGCUCAACGAGAAUUUUGUCAGAAAUAACUUGUUGGCACCGAAAACCGGCGGCAGGGACAACCAGAGGACGUCCGGCGUCUACCGGGACACCCGGAGGCCUUUCCGCCACAGCAGAGAGUUUGACUCCGGGGACGACGGCCGGCUGUCCCCGUCCUUCCCGCAUAUUCACCGCAGAGCCUCCCGGGGCUCCGGCUGCAGCACCCCGGACAGGAGGAGCGACGGGUACCUGAGCUCCGACCACGACGACUCCUCCUCUGCAGACUUUAACUACAACACAGAUGGAUACGAGGGGGACGGAGCGGAGGACGGAAAGUCCCAGGAUGGCUCCGAGACGCUGCCCUAUAUAGAUGAAUCGCCCACCAUGUCGCCCCAGCUGUGCGCCCCCCAAGGGCCCGACGGAGAAACAGUCUCCCCCACACCACCAGAGGGCCUGCUGGCAGGGGGAGACAUCGAGAAAGGACUGGAGAUGAAGAAACUGGUGCUGUCUGGAUUCUUGGCCAGUGAGGAGAUCUACAUCAACCAGCUGGAGGCCCUGCUACUGCCCAUGCGUCCUCUGAAAGCCACGGCCACGACCUCGCAGCCCGUCCUCACCAUCCAGCAGGUCGAGACCAUCUUCUACAAAAUCCAGGACAUUUUCGAGAUCCACAAGGAGUUCUACGACGCCCUCUUACCCAACAUUCAGCAGUGGGACGAGAAGGUCACCGUGGGACAUUUGUUCCAGAAGCUGGCCAGCCAGCUGGGAGUGUACAAGGCCUUCGUGGACAACUACAAGGUGGCACUAGAGACGGCAGAGAAAUGCAGCCAGGCCAACGGACAGUUCCAGAAGAUAUCUGAGAACCUCAAAGUAAAAGGUCCUAAAGACUCCAAAGAUUGUACCACGACUGUCUCUAUGGAGGCGCUCCUUUACAAGCCCAUUGACCGUGUUACCAGAAGCACCCUGGUCCUUCAUGAUUUGCUGAAACACACUCCGAAGGACCACCCGGACUUCCCUCUCCUGCAGGACGCUCUGCGGAUAUCUCAGAACUUCCUCUCCUCCAUCAAUGAGGAGAUCGACCCCCGCAGGACUGCUGUCACCACGCCCAAAGGAGAGGCUCGUCAGCUGGUGAAGGAUGGCUUCCUGGUGGAGGUGUCGGAAAGCUCCAGGAAGCUUCGGCACGUCUUCCUCUUCACCGAUCUGCUGCUCUGUGCCAAGAUGAAGAAGACGGCUGUGGGCCGCCAUCAGCAGUACGAGUGCAAGUGGUACAUCCCUCUGGCGGACUUGACCUUCCAGACCCUGGACGACUCGGACUCGUGCCCCAGCAUCCAGGUCCUGCCCGAGCACGAGAUCGAGGAGAUGAAGAUCAAGAUCUCCGUCUUAAAGAGCGAGAUACAGAAAGAGAAGAAAGCGCCGAAGGGUCAGAGUCGCGUGGAGCGUCUGAGGAAGAAGAUGAACGAGCAGGAGUCGUGGCUGCUGCUGCACUCUCCCACCAUCCCGUUCCGCAUCCACAACAAACACGGAAAGAGUUACCUGUUCCUCCUCUCCUCCGACUACGAGAGGUCAGAGUGGAGGGAAAGCAUCCAGAAACUCCAGAAGAAAGACCUCCAGUCGUGUGUAUUAAGUUCUGUGGAGCUGCAGGUCCUGACCAGCUCCUGUUUCAAACUCCGAACUGUCCACAACAUUCCUGUCACCAGUAACAAAGACGAUGAGGAGACUCCCGGCCUGUACGGCUUCCUGCAUGUGAUCGUCCACUCUGCCAAAGGAUUCAAGGAGUCGGCCAAUCUGUACUGCACCCUUGAAGUGGACUCGUUUGGAUACUUUGUCAGCAAGGCCAAGACCCGCGUCUUCAGAGACACCGCAGAGCCUCAGUGGAACGAAGAGUUUGAGAUCGAGCUGGAGGGCUCUCAGUACCUGCGGAUCCUCUGCUACGAGAAGUGUUACGACAAAAGCAUGCUCAACAAGGACGACAACGAGAUCGUGGACAAGAUCAUGGGAAAAGGGCAAGUCCAGCUGGACCCUCAGACGGUGCAGUCCAAGAACUGGCACAUGGACGUCAUAGAGAUGAACGGGGACCAGUCCUGCCUCUUAAUUAUAGAUGUGCUGGGUGGCACGGCCCCUCGUAAAGCCGCUCCAUACGACCAUUCAGGAGGGGGGAGGGAGGGGUUGUUGAACCAGGUCCUGGUUUUCAUUCCAGACUCCAUCUGGGAUCACAGCCGCUCCCUGACAAGCUCCGUGAUUCUGUUGAUUCUGCAAUUCAGCGACCCUGCGCUCCUGCAGGCUUCAGCACCGCUCUGCCAAUCACAGAGACCUUCAAGGGCCGCCGAUAAAUUAAUGAUCAAUCUAACGGCUCCGGUGCUCCGACAUGAAUAUGGAGCAGCUCUGAAUCCGUGCCUGGCUGAGGUGCAGAACACGGGAUGGUCCUGGGACUGCAGUCAGUCUGCUGUUUUAGUGUGUUUGCAUGUAACAAGCCCCUGCAAGCGCACGCUGGUCAUCCUGGGAAAACUGCACAGCUGCUGGAAACAUCUGCCUGUAAAUGCUUUGACCUUCGCUGUUUUCUCUGUUUGUAUGAAACAAAGCUCGUGUUUGAGUGAGACGCUAAGCAGUCCACUUGUUUUCAUGCCAGUGACACUCAACUGUGCCAAAUUUGGCCUCAAAUAG